AUGUUGCUGGGCCUCGGCGGCGUCGUGGGCUUCGUGAGCUCCGGCAGCACCACGUCACUGGUGGCCGGCGGCCUGUCGGGCGCCUUCCUCAGCUUCGUGGGCUACUGCAGCUACAACGAGUACACGCAGAGCCCUGUGACGUCCAAGCUCUGGCCCGCCGUGUCGCUGGCCGUGUCGGCGCCGCUCACGGUCGUCAUGGGCAACCGCUUCAACACGACGGGCGCCUUCUUCCCGGCGGGUCUCGUGGCCGCCUACAGCGCCGGCAUGUCGCUCUUCUACGUGUGGCUGCUGACCAAGAGCACCAAGCCGCAGUACAAGAAGAAGGCAUAA